UGACACAUCAGUGCCACAUCAGCAGUGACACAUCAGCAGUGACACGUCAGCAACAGUGACACGGCAGUGCCACAUCAGCAGUGACAUGUCAGCAACGGUGACACGUGAGCAGUGCCAUGUCAGACACAGUGCCACGUAAGCAGUGCCAUGUAAGCAGUUCCAUGUCAGCGGUGCCACGUCAGACACAGUGCCACAUAAGCAGUGCCAUGUCAGCAGUGCCACGUCAGCCACAGUGCCACCUCGCUGUAAUCGAGGUUGAGGAACAACGCCAGCUGGCAGUCAAGGCUGCCCAGCUACAGGCUGAAGAAGCGGCAACAGCAGAGAAGCUGCGGCUACAGGCCGAAGCAGACGCAGAUGCCCAGGCUCGGCGCAAGGAAGCCCAGGAUCUGCUGCAGCGACAUGAAGCCACAAGCAUCGAGAGACUCAAGUACUGGCAUUUUGAACCGAACGGCGACGAGGCAACACCGGAAGAGCAGCACAAAGAGUUCAUGGCCAAGCUCGUGACCAGGCUGGUUUACACUUGUAACCACCUACAGUCCGAGCUGGCGAACCUUCAGCGUGCCGUGCGGAACCAUAAGAUUCAGCACGAGGAUGCCACACGGGCACUGGACGCCCGUGUACUGGACCUGGAACAGGCUGUACCAGGACCAGAUGCUGGCUUUUCCAGCAGUGCAUCCUCUAGCCGCCAACUGGAGGAACACGUUGACCACGUAGUGGCAAUGCUAGGAGGCAUAAGUGCCUUCACAGAGCCGGCCACCAUCAGCCAGCGGUUCGAGUUGGGGAUUCACGAAGUCCCUGACCAUCUGUUCAUCAAUGCUCUGUUCAUCAACACCAAGGGAGGUUGUCAGAUCUGGCUCAGCCACAUGGCAACCAUCCACGGCGUCCAGGUUUCAGACCUGUACAAGAAGGUCUCCUGGGAGGACAUGACGAAGGAAUGGAAGAAGCGGUUCAUCGUCGACGAUGCACCGACACUCGCCAUCAACCGCAUCUUCACGAUGGCUCAAGGGAGCACACCGACACGUGACUGGCUCACGGAUUGGCAGAAGAUCGUGGCAACGCCCGAUUUGGACUUGCCAUUUCCGCAUCUGCGGCGUGAGUUCUACAACAGGUCAUGCGCCACUCUCAGCCUAGCACUUGGUGAUCGCGAGCAGUACAACACUUUCGUAGAGAUCAUCAACAAGGCAAGGGAGAUCAUCAAGACUGACAGGGCAGCUGCACACGAGAAGUCAACGUGGCAGCCAACCUAUGUGGAGAAGGUAAGAACUGGUCCGCGACAGCAGCAGUUCGCUGCAGUCCAGUCGGACAGUGGAGAUAACCCAGCAGCCACUCCAGCAUCAAUCUUGGAACAGCACGACGGCGACGACUGGCACCCUGUGGAGUAUUUCAGCCACAAAGUGCCUCCCAUCAACUCGCUUGAUGAUGCAAGGAAGAAGGAGCUGCUCGCAUUCGUGAUGGCUCUCAAGCGCUGGCGGCACUUCCUCCUUGGGCGUCGUAGGUUCACAUGGGUCACAUACAACAAUCCAUUGACCUACUACAAGACGCAAGACACGGUGAGCAGUACGAUCGGACGAUGGAUGUACUUCAUCGACCAAUUUGACUUCACACCGAAACAUGUCCCCGGCCUCUCCAAUCGCGCAGCAGAUGCACUCUCGCGAAGACCUGAUCUUUGCGCGAUGACACAUCAUGCCUUCGCAUUCGACGAGGAGCUUCAGCGACACUUCAUCCGAGCAUAUCAGUCUGAUCCGGACUUCGGCACGCUCUAUGCACAACUAUCUUCGGAUCACCCGCCGGCCAGCCAUUACCGCAUUGCCGACGUGUACUUGCUCCUCCACUCGAGAGGCAAGGACUGACUAUGUGUCCCACGCGAGCGUCGUCUUCGAACUCGCCUCCUCGGCGAGUACCAUGAUUCACGACUUGCCGGCCAUUUCGGAGUCAACCGCACUAUUGCACGGCUUCGA